AUGGAGUUUGGAAUCGUUCUCUUGCUUUCCUGUUUAUGUAUUGGUGCAGUUUUCUCUCAGACACCACCACUUAAUGCAACAUAUCCAUCCAUUGCUGAAUUAUUGGAAUUGUUAGAAAAGGAUGGCUUCGGUGAACUUACAACACGAGCAAUCUCCGACCCUGCUUUAAGAAAGCGACGAUCAGCACUAUUAGGGCAUCUAGGAGCUGACAGCUGUGGAUCUCACCCGUCUCCUGGAGUGACAUUCGUCAGAUGUUUCACUGUUGGACGAACUUAUAUUGUUGGAACGACAUACGAACGAAACUAUUGGAGAUAUGGUGAUUAUGGAGAUUGCCUGAACUAUUACAACUCCCUCCCUUUGACCAACGUGGCACCCAUUGGUGACGGCUACACAGGAACAUGGGCGACAGGAAACGGACGAGUUUACCAAGUUGAUGCAUGUCAGAGAUGUUUUGGUGGAAACUCGGGAAUCUCCGUUCAAUGCAACGAUUCACCUUUCAACAAUUAUAAGAGAAACUUUAUCUUCAGAGUGAAUAUGGGAAUUCAAAGAGCGUAUGAUGGUUACCAUGGUUAUGGACGAGAAUAUGCUAAUCCAUGUGUUGGUGUGGCGUGUGAAACUGCAGUUGUUGUUCCUGCUGCACCAAGAGUUGUCGACCCAUGUGUUGGAGCUCAUUGUGCACCUGCGCCGGCCUUCGUUGGUGACAAUGGUUGUGUAUCUGGUGGUGUUUGUUAA